AUUUCCAUUUCCAUUUCCAUCUCCGGUACCGACGAAGUACCGACGAUCAUGAUGUGAAACAGUUAAGCUACGCUUCACCGCCGGUGUUUUCUGUGAUUCGGUAUUUAAAGCUUAGGAUCGGAAUUUGAGGGAAGCUCUGGUGAGAGUAAUUCGUAGCCAGUAAUGAAACAGCUGCAUAAGCAAGCUAGUAUGAACCACCGGCGAGAUGAGGAGCUUCUUCUACCUCAGACGCCCCCGUACUCGCCGAAAACCCUCAAGCAUCCCAGAUCUCUUCCCAGAUCCAUUAACUACCUCUUCAAAGAGCAGCGUCUCUUGUUUAUUCUGGUAGGCAUUUUAAUUGGAUCGACUUUCUUCAUCCUCCAGCCUACACUUUCUCGACUCGGCCCAUCCGAUGUCCGUUCCGCCAUCCCCGGGGGAAUGUCCGCGAGUACCAUCGUUCACAACCAGGAGUCCGGAUAUUCCGGUGGGAAGUUCCUGUUUCCGAAUAGCAAGUUGGGAAGGGUCCCCGCAGGGAUCGGACGGCAGAGAUUGAGGAUCGUGGUAACUGGUGGUGCCGGGUUCGUGGGGAGUCAUCUGGUGGAUAAGCUUGUUCGAAGAGGUGAUGAAGUGAUUGUGAUUGAUAACUUUUUCACCGGGAGGAAGGAGAAUUUGGUUCAUCUUUUUGGGAAUCCGAGGUUUGAGCUCCUUCGACAUGAUGUUGUUGAGCCAAUUCUCUUGGAGGUGGAUCAGAUCUAUCAUUUGGCUUGCCCGGCUUCUCCUGUUCAUUAUAAGUAUAAUCCCGUCAAGACUAUCAUAUCCUUCCUGAAUUUACAAAUUUCAAUUGCUGUUUUGUUUCUAUAACGAUCCAAUUUAUAGUAAUGCUGCAGUAUAUUUGGAUUGAGGGAAGUGAAGGAGAGAAAUUCCAACUAGGGGAAAGGGUGAAACCAUGUUUUGGAUUUGGUAACAUCAUAAUUAAUGUCUUGUUGAUGG